CACAUGCGCCAUGACGUCAGAGGUCAGCUGACUGGUUUGUUUUGCUGUGUAAGACGGACUGCAACAGGACGCAGCAACGACGACACGCAAAUGAAAUAUACCAUUCGCUUUAUUUAUAGCACAACAGAUUCAAAUCUAUUCAGAGACAGAAAAGGAAAAAAUUAGGCAAGUUUGCCUAAAGAAAACGGCGUUUUAUCUCAUUUCAAACAUGCCUUCGGAAAAGACAUUUAAACAAAGGAGGACAUUUGAGCAGCGGGUGGAGGAUGUACGGCUGAUCCGGGAACAGCAUCCAAGCAAGAUCCCAGUCAUUAUUGAGAGAUACAAGGGAGAAAAGCAGCUGCCGAUUCUUGAUAAAACUAAGUUUUUAGUUCCCGACCAUGUAAACAUGAGCGAACUUUUAAAGAUCAUCAGGAGACGCCUCCAGCUCAACUCCAAUCAGGCUUUCUUCCUACUUGUCAACGGUCACAGCAUGGUAUCUGUGUCCACCGCUAUUUCUGAGGUUUACGAACGCGAGAGAGACGAGGACGGCUUCCUGUACAUGGUCUACGCUUCCCAGGAGACAUUUGGAACUGUGUGUACUCAGUAAAAAUGGCAAAACGAUUGGCUUUCACUCUAGGACAAUGAUACAACCUAUCCUGAACUCUUGUGACCUCUCCCUGCAAAUAUCCAUAUCCCAUUUCCCCUCCCCAUCCAAAAAAAGUACCAACUGAACUUUUAGUCAUUUGGCUCACCAAUCCCAGCCAUUAUCCAAAGCUAAAUCCUAACUUCCCACAUCUCAGCUUUUUAACCUCAGCUCCCUCUAAAUAAUUUGAGUCGUUUAAAAGGAGUCGAUUGUGUUUAGGUUAUUGGACCGUUUAUGGUUAGUUGGACUAAUGAUCCGGAUUUACUCAACAUAAAGCUUGAAUGAAAGACUUUUUGGUGUAGAGAUGGAAUCAUCUCAAUUUCUUAGCGGUUGAAUUUCCGAAAUGGCAUUUAGUGUAACGUUAGGCGGCCAAAUAGAGGUUAUCUGUCAGUUUCACUCUGGUUGCCUUUAACCCCUCCCGCUGUUUGUCGAAUCUCUGUAUUUGUUGAGUUCGACAGCCUUUUCUUACCUGUAGGUGUCAAACUGUGUCUUCCGCUAUUCCAUUUUCCUGUUAGAAGCGAUUCAGUCUUUUCACUUCCCCCUAGAGCUUAUUGCACAUUGGGUCAUGAGCGUUGAGGUUCUUGGAUUUCACAACUCGGUGGGUAAGUCAAGGUUCGAAAUGAGGUCCUACUUGCCUUGUUAACAUUUGAGGUAUGAUCCAGUGGGACAUACCUGAGGAAAUAAAUAGUUAGCAAUUUAUAAUUCUAGAAAUUCUGCUUUGAUUGUAGUGUGAAGCUUUAAAAGGAAGGAAAAUGUAAUUAUAUUCAAUGGUACAUUGAGGGAAUGAAUGUGGCUUUAGCGAUUGUGGCCCAAGGUAGACAGGGAUGCUCAAUCACAGACAUGAGCGCUGCCCGAACAUCCUUGCUCUUUUAGGUGCACGCUUUUAGACUUUUCAGUUUCAUUAGAGAAUUAUUUACGCCUUUAUAAAUGCAUUGUUGUACUCCUUCCAUCUGUAUGUCUUACAGUAUACUGUACAGAUAAGCUUAGAUGCCUUUUCUCCUGAGCAUUUAAUUGCCGUUUGUCUUGCUCUUAUUUAAAGAGAUGUUAUUUUUUCCUUUUUUUGUUCUUGUAAAAAACAAUUCAUAUUUGCUACUAUUGUGCAAUUUACAAAAGUUUGUAUUAAUGAGUUUAACUUGAAAGGAUUAUCAACCCAUCAUCGAACUAAGCUCAUUUAUGUAUUUCUCCUGCUCAGAUUUACAGCAAUAUAACACUUGUAUUUCUGUUGAUAUUUUAAAAAUAAAAGAAAAAUAUACA